AUGAAUAGACUGCAAUGUACUAUCUUGUUGAAGCUGAAAAGAUUGUUGUCGCUAAGAAGCAGAAAUAUUGAACGGCUGCUUAAUACUUAUACAUCUAGAAGUACUAUUCAUGUAGCAAUUAACCUAUUAUUUCCUGGUUUGGGAGAUCCAAUUUAUAACGAUCAAUACAAGAGAAUUGAUCAUUUGAUUAGUUUGAAAUUGAAACUGAAACCAAAAACUCGAGAGUAUGAGCAAAUUGCCUUGAUUAAAGAAAGGAAAGCAAACGUUUCAAGUGCCGACGCAAAAGAAGAAGUCGAAGUGGAAGCAAAAGUGGAGGCGGAAGGUCAAUUUCUGAAAAUAGUUGAAAAAAAUAGUUGUGUUUUGGACCAGCUCAAUGCCAUAUUAUCCAUUUCCAACACUGACGAACUCAUUGUGAAGAAUGUACUAUUUUCUUCUGGAAUGGAGUACGAAAAAGAAGAUGAGUUUUACAAUGAGUUGCUUGAGUUUGAUAAGUUGAAUAAGCGAACGAGAUUCAAUCCAAUUAUACUAUGCGGUAAUAUAGAGGAACUUCAAAUGCAAGGAACUGAGCACGAAUUUAUCAAAAUAAAGCACAACUCUAAAGCAGUUGCUUCACUUUUGAAAAAAUUGGCAUAUAUUGGUGAAGCUGCGUUGAACCACUACUGGGGUAUACACGGACUUGGUACACCAAAGGUACUAAAAUACUCAUCCAUUUUUCAUGCUUCGGGGCUACUCUUGGCUUUUACUCCUAAAGUUAGGAUGUUUGUUCAAAAAAGUAUACAAAAUGAAGCUCAUUAUAAGAAUAUCAUUCUUCAAUAUUUAGGAGCAACGGUUUUAAUCAAUGGGAAAUUGUCAAAACACUUUGUAACAAGUUUGGCAAACUUUGCUCAAGGCAAAUCAUCAUCUUCGAAGCGAACUCCAAAGACUAUACAUGAAUUCAAAAAGCUUUUGAAGCAGACAGAAGUGCCAAUAGUCGAUACGUCAUUGCUUGCACGGUUUGCCACUUUAAGCAUAGACAAAAAUAUAAAAAGAUACAAUAUUCUCCAUGGCUUGAAGUCAAGUAUUUCGUUGUCAGAUGUCCGAGACACGAUAACCACGUUAAACACGCGGGAUUAUAUGGCCUCAUAUGGAAAACUUUUGCUACAGGACUAUCAAAACUAUGGGUUGCCGGUAUUACAAGUUGUGCAUGAAGAUUUAGAGAUGGAGGUUUCCUUUGCUGAUAAGAUAUGUUUAACAAACACAAUUAAAUUCGCUGACUUUGAUUUACCCGUUGUCAAGAACAGAAGCCCAGAAGAAUAUUCACCUUACAAGAUCAGCCUACCGUUGGUGAAUAAUAAUUUGAUCAACAAAAUUUUGCUAUUGAAUAAAUAUUAUCUUCACCAUCAGUUUAGUCGUAGAUGCAAACACAAGGGCCGUGGGGUAAAAGCAAUUAUUCGAAGUUUUGAACUUUUUGGAAACUUGUCAUUUGUUUAUUUUAUGCAAAUGGCCAAAGAGGAGUAUUUGGUCAACUUCAAGAAUUGCCACAUGCGAGUGAAACACAUCAAGGCCAUUUUUUGGUUUUUCAUGAGCCCUGCAUUCAAAAUGUUUGUGGUUAAGAGUGCAGGUCUUUUAACACAUAUAGUAGAUACAAGAAGUCUUUUUCCAAAGGACACCACAAAGAGUACUCUUCAAGCUUUACAAGAAAUAUCCGUUGCACAGUUUAAUCAGUUAUUUGGCUGUUUAUCUGAAGAGCAAAAGCAAAUGUGGUGCCGUCACUUGUUCGGGAGGUUUGUUGAAGUGGCAUCCCAGCUCGAUCAGCACUUAAUAGAGGACUUUUUUAUUGAGCUAACUGAACAAUUGUUGGAAAGGAACAAAAUUUUUGAUUAUGCUAUUGAUAAAGCACCAAGCUUGAACAUUCAAAGACAGCUUAGUCAGGUGAAUUGCGAAGAGAUUUCAAAAGAACGCGAGUCGCAAUACUAUAGACUAGCUUUGUCGUUGUUGACUUAUUUAAACGUUGAGCAACAAAUCACUUUACCGAUUGCCAAACUAUUGUCUAAUAAAAAUCAUCUUUUGAGUAUUUUACUUGUCAAACUCGGAUACCAAAAUAUUGUAAAGAUUGGUUAUUUGGCAAGUAAAGAGUCUUGCCAAGAGCUUGGUAGAGCUAUUUUAAGGGAAGUCUCGAAUUACCAAGGCGACUUGGAGAAAUCGUUAAUAACUUCUUAUAUCAGCGCCACAUUGGAGUUCAGAUUGGGAAGGUUGUUUACUGGAAACUUUUGGGAAUAUGAUUUCACUGGGGAUGCGAGUCCUCCUCAAGUCAAUUUUGACUCAACAAUUAAAAGACUAUUACUAGUAAAUAACCAAAUUGCUGAUAAAUUUUUUACAAGAAUAGGAAUGACCAGCAUUUUACCUGUGGGCGAGGUAUUGAAGAAUCAUGGCGUAUUUGGUCAUGAAAUUUACACUUUUCAUUUGAAUCGAAUAUUGACAAACUCGCGACUAACUGGUUCGGUGAGGGAAACAGUUUUUGAAUUGUUUUAUGACCGGAGAUUCAAAAGGAAAAUUAACAAGGUAACCGGUAUGAACAUGCCAACAAUAGUACAUUCAAAGUAUAAACAUGUUUAUCAAGAUUUGAUAAGGAGUGAACGUUGCAGACUAAUAGAGGGCUCCAUAAUCGAUGACAUUAAUUUUAACCAAUUUUUAACUAUCCAGUAUUACAGCGAUCAAGAAAAAUUACAGCAUUGGUUGGAGGUGCUAGUAGGGCAGUUGGUCACAAAGCUUGAAGCUUGUGUCGAUGAUUAUGAUAGGGACGCAGUAAUAUACAAAUUCAAACAAUCCAUUGGAGCUGAAUGA